ACUACAAAGAGUUAUUAAUCAUACUCCUACAUAUGCUCUAAAGGUUAUUAAGCUUGCAAGCUCGGUGUAAAACACGGCAGCAUGAAGCUCGUGCAGAUAUACAUCGUGUGCACUGAGCUCUUGCUGAGUGCAUGUUUAAGUGGAGUACUGGCCAAAAAAGAGGAUGAACCCAUUUCAGAGGAUAAAGAAGUGCUGGUGCUUACUGAAAGCAACUUAAACCAAGCACUUAAACAACACAGCCAGUUACUGGUGCACUUCUAUGCUCCUCUCUCUGGUGAGUCUCUUGGCUCAAUUCUAGAGUUUACAAAGGCAGCUAGUGAGCUCAAGGAAACCAAAUCAUCUGUGAAACUAGGAAAGAUUGAUGUCUCUAAAGAAAAAGACCUUGCCAAAUUCCUGAAUGUAACUACAGUCCCAUCUUUACGACUGUACCUCUCUGGAGACAAGUAUAACCCCGUUCAAUGUCCAGUUCUGAAGAGCUCUACCGCCAUCUUAACAUGGCUUAAAAGGAGAGAGGGCCCUAGUGCUGUCCUUAUUACUGAUCUCAGCCAGUUGGACAGCUUAAUUGCAGAAGACGAGCUUGUGGUUCUAGGAUUAUUUAAGGAUGUUGAGACGGGCUUAGUAAAGAUUUUUUACGACGUGGCUGCUGAUAUUGCUGACCUGCCCUGUUUUGUAACAGGAAGCAAGCAAAUCUUUAGCAAGUAUGAUAUAUUUGAUGACUCAGUUGUGCUUCUCAGAAAGUCAAAAAUGGCAGAAAAAUUUGAGAUGACAAGCAAAACAGUGAAAGAGGAUGUCAUUCACUUCAUUAGAGUCCAUGAGAUGCCUUUGGUGACUGAGUACAAUGGCAAGACGUCAUCUAAGAUACUAAACUCUAUGGUGCAGAGUCACUUGGUUUUGUUUAUUGAUAAAGCUGAAAAAGGAUUCAAACAAACAUAUCGUGCCUUCAAAAGCACCGCCAAAGAAUAUAGAGGCAAGGUUUUGUUUGUACUGAUUGACACGGGUGAACCCCGGAAUGGACGUAUCUUGGAGUAUUUCCGUGUGAGGAAGGAGGAAUCACCACUAAUCCGCAUGGUUAACUUGACAGACAACUUACAAUAUCAUUUACCUUCAGACCAACUGGAUAUACAAACAAUUACUGACUUCUGCCAGAGUUACUUACAGGGGAAUGCUAAGCCAAAGCAACAGAGUGAGCCAAUCCCUGAUGGCUGGGACAAGCAGCCAGUGAAAGAGCUGGUGGGGAUUAACUUUGAAAGGGUGGCUUUCAAUGAAAACAAGAAUGUCUUAGUUCUUUUCUAUGCCUCAUGGAGUUCUGAGAACCGAGAACUGUUUCCUUUAUUUGAAGAGCUUGCAAAACACUACAGUGACACUGAGGAUGUGGUAGUUGCCAGAAUUGAUGUAACUGCAAAUGAUGUAAACAUUCGCAUGAUAGACAGAUAUCCAACGAUUAAACUAUUUCCUGCAGUCUAUGCUGAAAGGGUAGUGCCAUAUUCUGGUCAAGCAAAGCUGGAACCAAUAAUUGAGUUUGUGAAUGAAGAAAGAGCAAGAGCCAAGGAGGAUAAGGCCAAGGAAGAGAUAGAAAGGAAGAAAUAUCUGGAUGCACAGAAAGCAGCAACUAAAGAAGAGCUAUAGUGCACACACACACACACACACACACACACACACCCACACACCAAAUGUGUUAAGGAAAAAAGAACUGAUUUAUGCCUGAUUGCCUAAUGUUAAAUGUUAAAAAUCAUAAGAAAUAAAAUAUAAAACAUGUGUAUGUCUGUGUUGACUAAUGUGAGUUGUCACAUAUACAUGCCACACUGUCUAAGCACUAAGGUUACAAUAAUUUUCUGGGUCUGGAUUAUAUGCACCUAUACUCAGUUUCUAUCUAUCUAUCUAUCUAUCUAUCUAUCUAUCUAUCUAUCUAUCACUUUUGAAUUUCUAUAACAGCAUGACUGACAGUACUUCUAAGUGCAAGGUAAAUCACAGGUUUAUAAUAAUGAUAAUUUUUAGCAAAAUUUCUAAUAAGUUAUUGUAGUUACAGUAACAGGUCAUUCACAGGCACUUGUAUAGCGGACACUCUGUAUAAACUAAACCUAGUUAUAAAUGUAGUAAAUGUAUUUCAGUAUCACGUUGUAACACCACCAAAUGUGGAAAGGUUCUGGGGUGGGGGUGGAUACUUAUGCAAGGCACUGUAAGUGACAGGAAAUUUCAUGGACAUUACACAACAUA